AUGAAUUUAGCAAUGCAACAUCCCGUGGCAUAUCCAUUUUAUAUGGACUCACCUCGUCUUCGAUUUUCUCUUCCCUGGCCCUCAAAUCCUUUUCAAUAUCCAUCUCAUUCUCAACAAUAUUAUUCUUCAUCAUAUCAACUUUCACCGUCGUUGACACCUAUAUCUUAUCCAUUGCCAUUUAUUCUCUCUCACCCUUUGCGUGCUCCUAAUCCACCUCCAAAACCUAUGCAAUCGUAUUCAUCAUAUACAAAUACACGUUAUAAUCAUUUAAAACAAUCUACCAGUCAUAUGAACCGACAUCGUUCUAUGGAUGCAUCAUUACAUUCUCAACAUCAUUCCAUUCCAAAUCAUCAAUAUCAGCAUUCGAAAGCAAAAUCAAUCUCAGAUUUGCAGCAGUUGUCUAAUCAAAAUUCAACACAUUUACUGAAAGCACAUUCAUGGCAUUCAAUGAAUCAUAUACAUCAACCGAAUAAAAAUAUAAAUUUUGCAAAGGAAGUACCUUUAAUUCAUGACAAGCAACAUAAUCAUUGCUAUUCACCGAAACAAAAGAAAAAAAUACAUAAACUACCGUUACCGCCAUUAUCACCAAUACAAAAGCAACUACAUGAAACUGGUAUUGUACGUAUAUCAACAUUAGAUGAAAUGCCAAUUAUUCAUAAUCCAAUAUAUAGAGAAAAUAUAGUUACAUCUAAUAUUCAUAAUAAUAAUAAUAAAAAUAAUAAAAAUAAAAAUAAAUCUCAUCAAAAACAAAAUAAUAAUAAAUCAUCAUCAUCAUCAUCAUCAUCAUCAUCAUCAUCGCCAAGUACGAGUAGUAGUCAUUCAUCAUUUCAAAAGCUUUUAAAUGGUACACUACGACAUGAUCCAUUACUUACUGCUGCUAUGGAAGAUUUUCGACAGCUACAUCGAACGUCAAGUCAAAGUACACCAUUAACUCCUCAUAAUCGUGAUUUAAGUCGGGACAGUCUUUGUUCUGGAUCAACACGUCAUUCAUCAUCUUCGUCCUCAUCAACAUCAUCAAUAUCUCAAUGCCGAAGUCAAUCAAGUUUUACAUCACUUGAACGUUUAGAAAUUCGACGUUUAAUAAAAAGCCUUAAAAAAAAUGGUUUACAAUCAUUAACUGUUCCUAUUCCAACAUCAUCAAAACAUUUACCACCAUCUAAACAACCUAUAAGUAAAACUUUGUCGUCAAGUACAAUACCAUCAAUAUGUAAACCAGAAAAAUCUUCAAUUACCGAAGAAUUAGAACGCAAAUUUAAUAAAUUACGUUCAUCUAAUCCAAAUCAAGAAUUGAUCUAUGUUAAACCAUCAUCAAUUACUAAACAAAAAGAAGACGGUGCAUCAUUACAAAACGAUGAAAAAAUUUUACCUAGAAAACAAAUUGAAACUAUCGAUAUUUUAGCAUUAAAACAAACCAAUGAUAAUCCAACAAUAUCAAUUCCUAUAUCACAAAGUAUGCCAAAAACAUCAUCUGACAUAAUGCUCGAAGAAAAAAACCAAUUAGAAUCGAAAUCUGAAUAUGCCGUACCAGUAAAGAAAACUCCUAAUGUUAGUCUUCGUGAAACAAAAAAAGAUGAACAAAUGCGUAGUUUUAGUUUUUGUAAACCAAUUCAUGAUAUUGAUAAUGAAAUACGCCCAACACGUCCAUUAUCAAUGUUUAAUUGGUUUCAUUGUGGCGUAACAAAUCCAUUGCCAACGACAUUUCAACCAAAUAAAUUAAAAAACAAUGAUAUUGAUAAUGAAUAUGAUAAAGCUUUAGUUAAAGAAAAUAUAUAUGCGUCUGAUAUUGAUGUACAUAUACCAAUAUCGAACGACAAAGAUUAUCUUAAUGAUCAAUCAAUGAUGACAGAUUAUUUUUCAGAUUGUAAACAAACAACACAUGGUUCUUCAAUAUUAAAUGAUUUUUCACGUUUAUUUACACGUUUCGGUAAUCAUAAACAUGAACAGAAAAGAAAAUUAAAAAGAAAAUUACACAAAAAUAAUAAUCAUAAUAAUGCACGUUGUUCCAUUAUGUAA